UUUCCGUCGCGGCCACGACUCCCCCCAAUGUAGCUGCUCUCCGGCCACCGACACGCGGGCCCGGGCCCACUUCGUGCCCCGCAAGGAAGCCACCCAACCGACGUACCGCCGGCCGUAUCCCCUCCCCUCCGCUCCGCUCCCCGUAUAAAUUGCCGCCGCCAUCCGCAGCCAAUCCGCCCGCAACCUCCCAUGGAUCGAAUCCCCCCCAGCCCCCAAAACCCAGCGGAGCGAGCCACCGCCAUGGACUCCUCCGACGACGAGUGGGUCGUCCUCUGCACCGACAACCCCGCCGACUCCUCGGACGACCGCGGCGUCCUCGCGCUCCCCGCCUCCACCUCCCCCCUCUCCCUCUCCUCCUCCGACGAGGACGACGACGACGGCCUGCGGUCGGCGGGGUCGGAGGAGGAGGACCCGUUCGAGGUGGACGAGGACGAGGACGCGUCGCCGGGGCAGCGGCUCACGCGGCCGCUCUCGGGCAUGUUCCACCACACGCCCUCCGACUCGGUCGCCUACGCGGCCUUCGACCCCGUGCGCAGCGCCAAGCAGCUCAUCCCGGACCCGGCCUUCUCCGCCUUCCCGGAGCGGGUCUCGGUGCUCGCCUCGUCGCGCGGCCUCGUCUGCCUCCGCGGCUGCGCCACCGGCUUCUACUACGUCGCCAACCCGCUCACCUUCCGCCGCGUGCGCCUCCCGUACCAGAACCGCGACCACCGCCUCGACGCCGACCCGGCCGUCGUCAUCACCUUCGAGGACGACGAGGACGCCGCCGGCCAAGUCGGCCUCGGCGCCGGCUUCCGCCACUACCACGUCGUCGUCACCUACCAGGUCCACGACGGCGUCUGGGCCGUCGAGUCCUUCUCCACCCGCACCUGGGACUGGCGCGUUGGGGACGACAUCUGCGCGCCCGAGACGGUCGUCGCGCAGUCCGGGGUCGGCGCGCGGGGACGCGCCUUCUUCCGCACCACCAUCGGCCACAUCCUCUGCUACACCCCGGAGACGGGCUGCGUCGACCUCAUCCCCGCGCCCCAGGAGGUCGAGGACCGCAAGGACUGGGAGAUCGGCGAGAUGGAGGGCAACUUCAGCGUCGCCUGCGUCGACCAGGCCACCAAGGAGGUCGCCGUGCUCUACAUGGUGCCCGGCGAUGGCGCCGACCAGGUCACCUGGGCCUGGGCGGGCCAGUUCCACGCCAACAAGAUGGGCUACCAUGACAGGAUGACCCUGCUCCGCUCCCAGGGCGCCGCUGAGGUGGUCAUGUGGGAUCCUCUCGAGCAGCUCGUGCUCGCCGUCGACUUCGAUGGCAGGGUCACCCGCUCCAUCGGCCCCCUCUCCGGCGGGAUGUACUACUCGGAUUUCAUCCCCUACGUCAACUCAUACGCCGACAUCUACAGCGAGGAGGAGGUGGGUUCUGUGUUCAAGACGAAUGAUGAAGCCGUGACGUACAAAGUUCCACAGGCAUCCGUCAAAGCAGAAAUUGAUUCCAACUAAAAUCUCUUCCAAGAAAGGAAAGGAUUUGCUGAUGAUGGAGAAGGAAUAAUGAAGCUUCCAGAUCUGUGCAGCAUAAGGGAGAGCUAUAUGGAUAUCAUUCUUUGGAUGGCAGUUUUUGGCUGCUUUGCUACAUGAGCAUUCUCAUGCAGUUUCUCUAGUCAUGCAAAACUAUGCUACAAUCUUGUUUCUCUUUUCUAAGGGACGAAACUAUGUUCUCUUAUUGCUACCUAGUAGGUGUUUUUGUCUGCCAUGUACAUACAUAGUUGGUUAGAUGCAGAAUGCCCCCGUCUGUCUGUCGUGAAUCAAGUUCUUAAUUGCUGAAUUGGAAAUUAUCAUCUGGUGCCUGCGUGAUGCGCCAUUUUAGCAAA